UUGUAAUGCCGCGCAAGAGGUUUGACAUAUCGAACUUCAUUUUAGCCAAUCACAACUUUUUCUAAUAGCGGGAGUUUGUAUUUUGGGUUAUAUUCAGAGCUUAAGAGGCAUAGAGUAACCUAUAUAUUGUUAAGAGGAUCGCGGCGCUAAAAGGGCACACCUGGGACGACCGGUAGGGCGGAGGCCGAUCAGACGUCCCAGGUAUCGCUGGGGCGAUGCGGUUGAAGCGGACUUGCGUGAUCUCCAUGCCGAUAACUGGCGGGAGAUGGCACAGGAUCGAGACAAUUGGCGUGUACUCGUGUCGGAGGCCAAGACUCAUUAAUUUUGGGUCGCUGCGCCAUUAAAGUAAUGAAUGCUUCUGUUAACAGAUGGAGUCUCUUAUGAAGGAGUCAACAAUUCACCAACCGAACGAGGGAAACUACACCUGGCUGAAGUCAAGGCAAACGCAACAUGACUAUUCCAAAGACCUCGAAGUUUUCAUUCCUAUGGUCUCUAAGAUGUCGUCAGAAAGCUGUGCAUCAAUAGCCGUGAAGCUUGACAAUCUGACGGAAGGUAACGUCGGUACUGCAGCGAUCCUCGGACAUUUCAAACGGUUGCUGUUAGAGCAGCACAGCAUGCAGCUCAUAGAGAGCGUGACAAGGACGAAGAGAAAGAGGAACAGAGUGUGUCCGGAUUUAGGGGAGCGGCAACCGACUGUGUCUUUUAUUUUAGACCAGUAGAGUCAGACCGAGAAAAGUCUGCAGCGAUUUUGAUAGCCCACG